AUGGAAAGAGAAUUUGAAAGAGGUUACAUUAAAAAAGGACCAUGGAGCAGUGAAGAAGAUGAAGUGUUGUUGAAACAUGUUAACAAGUAUGGUCCUCGGGAUUGGAGCUGCAUUCGAUCCAAAGGUCUUUUACCGCGAACCGGCAAAUCUUGCCGGUUAAGAUGGGUUAACAAACUUAGACCCGACUUGAAAACAGGGUGCAAGUUUUCAGCAGAGGAGGAAAGAGUGGUGAUUGAAUUACAGGGGCAAUUUGGGAACAGAUGGGCAAAGAUUGCUACUUAUUUGGAAGGAAGAACAGACAAUGAUGUGAAGAACUUCUGGAGUAGCAGGAAAAAAAAGAUGAAGAGGACAUAUCCAAGGACACCAUCACCACCAUCAAAGAAGCACAAAAACAAAGGAAAAACUAUUCCUAAUCAACUCAAAGUUGAAAAGGUUCCUGAAAGUGAUUCCAAUCACUUGGAUGAAAACCUUACUCACCCAAUUUCUUAUAUGGGAAACAAAGAAGUGUUCAAGAUGAUCAACCUUCCAGAUUUGACAAAGCCAAACUACCUAGAUUUGAAAAAUGAACUUAAUGCAGUUGAGGUUGAAGAAGCCACUCCACUUCACACAGUACCAUCAUUUGAGUCUUCAUCAGGGUACAACUUUCCUCUACCCCCUGAAUCACAAAUGGACUUUCCACUAUUCCCAGAGUGUCAAGACAUUGUUCAAGAGCCUUUUUACCCAAAUUUUAUGGACAUGUUUGAGCAGAAAAAGUGUUCAGAAAGUGUAUGGAGUCAGAAGAUUGGGACCAAGUUGCCAAGUUUUGGACUUGAAGGAACUUCUCAGAGUGCAAGCUCAAGCUGUUCCUUUAAGGACAUCCCAACUGAGAUAUUUGAAUACUUUGCUCAAUAG